GUAUCGUACGUUUGGUUAGUUGAAUCAAGUUGAUUGUGGAUGUUCUAGUUUAUUUAGAAAGAACUAUGCACUGUGCUCAAAUUGACAAAUCGGAAAAUGUUGACGAAAAGUUACUUCGCCAAACACAAACUGUUGAUAAAAUCGAAACAGAUAACGAAAAAACUAAUAUUCCGAGAAAAGGGCUCACCGAAAGAUUAAAACUUCUGAGAUCAAAUAUAACUGUGGAACCCAUUAUGGCUGGUCUGGUUAUACCGGCGGCCAUGGCAAAACUCGCGAUUCAAAAUUUAAAUUUGGCUAAAGCUUGUCUUGUGAAACUAAAUUAUGGUCCUGAAAUAUGUAAUCCGUUAAUUGAUAAACAUGGCAGCAACUUGACUGAAUAUGAGCGAGAAGUGCAGAAAGUCAUUUCGUCGAUAGAAACAUGGAGAAGCAUAAUUCAUACCGCCUUGCCUACGCUCGUUGUGAUGUUCAUGGGAGCCUGGAGCGACAGAACUGGCAACAGAAAAAUCUGCAUGUUGCUUCCUAUUUUCGGAGACUUAUUGAUGACUGUAAGCAAUAUAGUAUGCACCAUUCUCUUUUACGAGAUCCCCGUAGAAGUUACAAUGUUUCUAGAAGUAUUGUUCCCGGCCAUCACUGGGGGUUGGGUAACGGUUUUUAUUGGGAUUUUUAGCUAUAUCAGUGACAUUACCACCCCAGAGACCAGAACGUUUCGUAUUGGCUUGGUGAACUUGUGCCUAACGAUCGGGAUACUCAUAGGAACUAGUUUGAGUGGAAUCCUACUAAAAUGCUUUGGUUAUGUGGGGACAUUUCUCAUAUCUGGUUGUCUGUUCUUACUGACAAUGAUAUACGGUUACAUUUGUUUAAAAAAUAAUACAAAACCAGCUAAAAUGGAAAUCAAAAAGUUCAAGUUUUCAGAGUUGCUGUCUCUACAAAAAGAUACCAUAUCUGUCAUCACCAAGAAAAGACAAGGGGACUUAAGAUUGAUGAUUACUUUAAACUUAUUAGUGGUUGCUAUUAUUUUUGGACCCAGCCACGCGGAACUCUUAGUUACUUACCUAUUUGUGCGAUACCGGCUCAAUUGGGAUGCGGUCAGAUAUAGCAUGUAUUCGACAUACAGUCACAUAUUACAUGCAUUGGCUGCUUUCCUGUCAAUAAGUAUAUUGAGCAAGCGAUGGGGUCUGGAUGACUCCGUGCUCUGUCUCGUUUCGCUCACAAGCAAACUCGUCGGUGUUGUUUACAUCAAUUUCGUCCGAACUGAUUUUCAAAUGUAUUUGGUUCCCAUCGUACAAUUUUUGAAUGCAACAACAUUUACUUCAUUGCGUUCAAUGUCAUCAAAACUAGUGCCAAGUGAAGAAUUGGGCAAAAUGAAUUCCCUGUUCAGUCUAGUGGAGACCCUCGCUGCGCUCGUGUUCGACCCAGUGUACGCAACCAUAUACGCCCAGACCAUGAAGCAAUUCAGUAGCGCGGUGUACGUGUUUAGUGCUGGGAUGGCUGUGCCCGCCAUCGUCAUGUUAAUAUGGUUUAUUAUCAGGAAACGUCAGGAGAUAAAGCAUCGAGCUGUAGAGUUAGAAAACUUGCCAAAGGAAUCCAACCUACCCACCUAAGUGGAUAUGGGUAAUAUUACUAGAAAUAUAGCCUACAACAAUGAUAUGCAUGCUAUAUGUAUGCCGUGUUUAUGUUAUAUAAUAUGUAUCUAAUAAAACCUUGCACUAAAACAUACGUUGUUUGGAAACCUGGUGCAAAAGUACUUUUGUGUCCUACUU